GCCUGGAGAUUUUAUAAAGGGUGACAUUUCGUGUUAAAACGGUGCUGCUGCGAAGAGGGUGAACAAGUUUCCUUGGGUUUCAAGACGAUUUUUCAACUAAAACUAGACUAUAAACGCCGCUUUUAGGUCGUUAACCCCCAAAUGUGAUCCGAGAGUGGCGGUUAGCAGAGAGGGCCGGCGCAGGGAAUGAGCGCCUUGCCUCGGCCUACUCGGGGACCGCUGCUGGGAUUGGGCACAUCUGCGCACAAUCACUUGCUUUGUGCCUCAUAAUCACGCAUCCGUUGUUGAUUUCAUAGUGACCGACCAGCACAUGGGACGAGCCAUGACAACAUGAGUCAGUCGUACAGACCGGCUUUUCACUCAGCGUUUGGCUCCCCCAGCCAGCUGGAGCCAAGGCCCCGCAAUGGAUUCGUGGGGGCCUCCUACAGAAGGCAGUGCGGCAUGGCGAAACUCGGGUCGGAGCAGCCAUCAGCGUCCAACCGUUACAGCCCGCUGAAGACGCUGUGUGACUUUAACGCUGUGGUCAAGAAUGCUGACCUCCAUGCUAAGAACCACUUGCAUUCUUCAAGUCCAGUCAGGGAUGAUGACAAUGAGUUUGAGUCUGUCCUUCUGCCUCCCUCGCCAUGCAACGAUAACACAGACUCAUUUCAAUCGCUGCCACCCUUUAACAGGGGUGGCUUCACCCCUUACAGUCUGGACAGUCUAGAACACUGUUCUCCCACCUCAAAUGGGUACCUGCAUUUUGGCACCACAUUGUUUGACAGCACCGACAUGAAGCAGCAGCACCACAAUCAUGCUGCGUAUAAACGGAGCAAGGCCUUCAUCCCCUAUCACCAGACUUGGGAACACCCUGUUACAGGCUCUCGAGCCUCAAACAUUUCACGCUCAGUCAAAAGGACAUACAAACCUACUGUUUUUAAUCUGAUGUCUAAAACUAUAUCGGAACUCAACCCCACUCUGACCCCAAGUGCACUGCCAGACAUCACCAUGAGAGACGGGUGGAGCAUGGACGAGGAAUCGGAAAGUGAAGGGGAACUUGCCCCUACUGAUCCUAAGCUUAUUUCACCGUCUGGCACCAACUCCGAUGCAGGUCCAAUGUUCAGGUCCAGCAGUCCAAAAAGAAGGCGUCCUCUAUCAGUGCAAUAUGUGGAAGGCGAGUUGGUGUGGGCAAAGUUCAACAGACGGCCCUGGUGGCCCUGCCGAGUUCUCUGUGACCCUCAGUUGGGCCUCCACACCAAGCUGAAAUUGCCCAGUCCCCGCCCCUGCCGCAUGUACUUUCUGGAGACAGUUGGCGAGAUGGUUGAGUGCGCCUGGGUGCCUGGGAACGCUGUUUUUCCUUUCAAAGGGGGCUAUCAAUUUGAUGACCUUCCCUUGCUUAGACGGAGAGGGAAACAAAAGGAGAAAGACUACAAAUACACGAUACCCAAAAGUUUGGAGUCUGCAUGGAAAGUCAGUGUGACGGAAGCUGAGCAUAUGCUCUUUCUGCAACAACGGAAUGCCAAGAGUUUGCCUGCAGCAUCUCUCAAUGGACAGGAGUCUGUACUCGGCCCACCCCUGGAGCCUCCCUCUUUCACUAUGAAUGCUGGUCAGCUCCUGUCCUCUAAUAUUGUUCCCAGUAGAAAUGAGCAACACGUUAUCAACAACUCAGCAGGAACACUGUCCAAUCAGAGCAAAACUUGCAAAAAGAAAAAGAAAUGUCUGUCGGACAUAUUUGGGCAUAUUAUCAGUAGUUCAACUGAGUCAUCGGUCAUCACAGACCCUUGUACAACAAGCCGUGCACUGAAAAAAGAACCUGAAGACUCACCUUAUGCAGAUCUGGAAGCUGUUCCUGUGUUACAUUGUCCAAAGCGCCCAACAAUCUCCCCAAGCUGGGAACUAGACAGGCCUUUCACACAAAUAAAAACAAUGUUCAGAGAAACAGUGCAGCAUUCUACAGAUUCACAUAAUUCUGGUAGCGAUUUUAUGGACAUUUUGGACUGUAAAAAUCAGAUAUUAAGGAACAAUGAAGAAACUGCGCAUCGUCCAGGCAAAAAGCUGCCUAACAAGCGGCUUGCCAAUAGUUGUCCCAAGACAACAGUCAUGGAAGCAGAUGAAGAGGUUGAGCUCCGGGAUGCCGCAAGCGAAAUCUCAAACCACUCUGAUGAUUGUUGUCCAAAUGAACCCAAUGAUACAGACCUGUUAAAAACCCAAUCAUCUACCUAUUGGGAAUUAUUCUCUGAUGCAUCAUCCUGUGUAAAUCACAGCACUCCAAAGAGGGAUACAAGGAAGCCUGACAAGGAAAAAAAUUGUGUAGGCACAAUAAAAAAGUCUCGUAGUGUGGACCAUUGUAAUUCAUUUACUCAGCCUGUUCAAAUCAAGCUGGAGAAUGUUACCCCAGACCUGUCAUCUUCUCGCUCCCCCUCAUCACUGUGUACUAUGGAUGCUUUCCUGGAUGUGAAGGAAGUCACGUUUAAGUCUCUUGUCGACGAGAACAGUGACACGCAGGGGGCCACAUUCCAUCCUGAUUCUAAUUAUAAAUUCAGUACCUUCCUCAUGUUCCUCAAAGACAUUCAUGACACGAGAGCAAAAGAGGGUAGGGCCCUGGUUGUCCCACCAUCACCACUGCUUAUCAAGGAGGAACCCUUAGUCAUGCCUUCUUCAUGUGGUGAUCCACUGAAGGGGUCUUCUGGCACUUUGAGCCAAGAAAUCAAAACAGAGUUUGUGCAAUUAGGAAAAUGCUCAACAGUGAAAACUAAGUGGAGGACUAAAGCUUUCAUGUCAGCAGAAAAUUACCACUGUAAAGGGUUUCCAUUACAGAUUGAUAACUCUGACAGACAGCGGCGAAAACAGAGACUUCCUGCCAAACUAAAACUUUCCUCCAAUUUGGAGGACUUGGCUUUUGGCAGGGAAUUUGUCAGUGGCCAUGCUGAUUUAGCUGAAAAUGAGCAUGGCAUACCCUGUGAUCCUGCUGCCAUCUACCUCGACAAGAGCUCUGAAUCCCCUAUUGCCCCAAAGAAGCGCUGGCAGAUGGUUGAGGAAAACGAGACGAACAAAUCGUACACAAUGCAAGCAUCUUCAGAUGUUCAUAUGGAAGCUGAGAGGCUGCCAUCCAAUAACUCGUUCUCUGAGGAAAGCUAUGGAGGUGGUCAUUCUGAGAACAAACGCCUCCGGAAACCAACAAAAAGACUCCUGGAGUCCACAGAGGAAUAUGAACAAAUAUUUGCCCCCAAAAAGAAAUCCAAGAAACACACCUUAGACUCAUCUGAUAUGGUUCUUUGUGAUACCGGUGAAAUUCUGUCACCAGUCCUGGAUUGCAGCAUCACAUCGGAGACACUUGCCUCAGCGUCAUUCUCCAUAGCCCCCCCUACAUCUCCAUCUCCAGAGGCACAUGGUCAAUCUCAGGAUCAACGUCCCCCUGAAGGUUCCCCCAUUUCCUCAGCCUCAACUCAAACCCCUCUUGACAUGGUCAAAGCCGAAGAACCUGAUCUACCUCUAAAUUCUGUUACGGACUUAAAAGCAGAAAGAAAAAGGCCUCGGAAGCUGUCCCAUAAGAUUUUGGAAUGUAUUAUCGAAGAAGUGUUGGACCCCCCAAAGAAGGAGGAGAAAAAGUACCCCCCUAAAGUUUUUUCUGAAGUGAAAGUGUUGGUCAUGAAAACUGUGUUACCUCCGAAGCUCAAACUUGAAGAAAAUAUGUGUGCACCUGUAAAGAAAGAGAAACAUUUUCCCAGUGCAUCUUCUGCCCCUGUUACUGGCCCUCCACAAUCCGAGGCUGAAGAUGAUGUCAGGGUUGUCACUCAAACCAAUUCCCCUGAGGAGAAAGCCAAGUUGAACCCUUGCAGUACUGAAGAGAAACACAACACAGAAACUGAAACCUCCAAAGCUGAGGUGCUUGAUGCCAGUUUGAUGGACAGCCCAUCUUCCCAAAUGGAUGUUCAAGGAAAAAUGGGUGCUACUUCUUUUAAGGAGAAUAUCUGCCAGGUGUGUGAGACGACAGGAGACCUUCUGGUAUGUGAUGGCCACUGUUAUGGAGCCUUUCACCCACAAUGUAUUGGUUUGUCUGUGGCACCCAAGGGAAAAUUCCUCUGCCAACAAUGUACUUCUGGUGUUCACACAUGCUUUGUGUGUAAAAAGUCUGGUAAUGGCGUGAAGCGAUGCAUAAUCCCACUAUGUGAAAAAUUCUAUCACACGGACUGCAUCAUGGCCUUCUCAGCCACGCAGCAACAUAACAAAAGCUUCCGCUGCCCCUUACACAUUUGUCUGUCAUGUCACAUCGCCAAUCCUCUCAAUGCCUGUAGCUCCAAAGGACGUUUGGCUCGCUGUGUGCGCUGCCCUGUGGCUUAUCACGCUAAUGACAACUGCAUGGCAGCUGGCAGCGUGGUGCUGGUCAACAAUGGUUUUCUCUGUCCAAAUCACUUCACUCCUCGGAAGGGUUUCAAGAACCAUGAACACAUCAAUGUUAGCUGGUGCUUUGUGUGCUCUGAAGGAGGCAGCCUGCUUUGCUGUGAAGCCUGUCCAGCUGCUUUUCAUCAGGAAUGUCUCAAUAUUGAGAUGCCUCAAGGCAGCUGGUUCUGCAAUGACUGCAAGGCGGGAAAGAGGCCGCGGAUCAAGGACAUACUGUGGGUUAAAUGGGGACGCUACAGGUGGUGGCCUGCUGAAGUGUGUUUGGGCAAAGAUGUCCCAAAUAACAUCUUGAGGAUGAAACAUGAGGUGGGGGAGUUCCCAGUGCAGUUUUUUGGGUCCAAGGAUUUUGUAUGGACUUACCAUGCCCGUGUGUUCCCCUACAUGGAGGGUGACACCCACAACAUUGAGAAAAUGGGCAAGGGGGCAGAUGCGGUGUACAAAAACGCCCUGAUUGAGGCAGCAAAGAGGUUCAAAGAGCUUCAAACAGAAAAGGAAAUGAGGCAGCUUCAGGAGGACAAAAAGAACCAUAAGAAACCUCCUCCAUACAAACAUAUUAAGGUAAAUAAGCCAAUUGGGAAGGUGCAGAUCAUCACAGCUGACCUAUCUGAGGUCCCACGCUGCAACUGCAAGGCAUCGGAUGAGAACCCGUGUGGCGUGGAUUCGGAGUGCAUUAAUCGAAUGCUGUUGUACGAGUGCCACCCUCAGGUUUGCGCUGCAGGGGAGCGCUGUCAGAACCAGACCUUCACCAAACGCCAGUACACCAUUGUUGACAUAUUCAGGACACUGUCUCGUGGCUGGGGUUUACGCAGUGUGUCAGACAUCAAGAAGGGAGCUUUUGUGAGCGAAUAUGUGGGGGAGGUCAUAGAUGAAGAAGAAUGUCGGGCCAGAAUCAGAAAUGCUCAGGAAAAAGACAUAUUUAAUUUCUACAUGCUGACACUAGAUAAGGACCGAAUAAUCGAUGCAGGACCCAAAGGGAAUCAGGCUCGCUUUAUGAAUCACAGCUGCCAGCCCAAUUGUGAAACUCAGAAAUGGACUGUGAAUGGGGACACCCGCGUGGGACUGUUUGCUCUGCAAGACAUCCCAAAAGGUGUGGAACUGACUUUCAACUACAACCUGGAGUGUCUUGGCAAUGGCAAGACUGCCUGUAAAUGUGGCGCACCCAACUGUAGCGGCUUCCUUGGUGUGCGACCCAAGAACCAGCCGCCAGCUGAGAAAUUGAAGGAAGGGAGGAGGAGAGGGCCCAUGAAGAAGAAGACCAAGCAAGAAGUGACCAAAGAGAGGGAGGAUGAGUGUUUCAGCUGCGGUGACGGGGGCCAAAUUGUGUCAUGUAAGAAGUCCGGUUGCCCGAAGGUCUACCAUGCUGACUGUCUCAACCUGGCCAAGAGACCUGCAGGGCGAUGGGAGUGUCCUUGGCACCAGUGUGACAUCUGCGGUAUCGAGGCGGCGUCUUUCUGUGAGAUGUGCCCGAGCUCAUUCUGCAAAGCACAUCGCGAUGGCAUGCUCUUCAUCUCCAAGCUGGAUGGCAAGCUGUCCUGCAGCGAGCACGACCCUUGCGGGCCCGACCCCCUGGAGCCAGGCGAGAUCCGUGAAUACGUCCCCGACGUGACCGCCUCGAAGCCCAUCUCCAAUGCUGCGCCACUCGCUUCCUGUCCGGACUCGGGCUCCGGAGGUUCUGGCCCCACCGCCUCACAUGGCUGUCGAGCUGAUCCGGCCAUUCGCAAGCUUCCUCCUCCUCGUCUCUACAUAAACACCAAGACAGCUACCUCGAGCUUCAUCCCCUCCAGCAGCUCUUCCCUCACAGACAGGACUGAAGAGAAAGCGUUUUCCAGCCCGACCUCCUCCAAGGAUCAGAGCGAGGCUGGCGAGAUGGAGGAGGGGGAGGUGUGCGGGUUAGAAGUAGACCUGGAUGAUGACAAUGACGACGAUGAUGAAGCAGAUGAUGAUGUGGGGGAGAUAGAGUUAGUGGACGAUGAGCCACUGUACGGAGACAGCCUAGAGGAGGACGAGGAGGAUGCAGAUGUGUAUGACAGUUGGAGUUAUAACGUGGCGGAAGAUGCUGGCGAUGAAGACCUCAAGGGGUAUGACUCGAGCAGAGAAGACGAUGGCAAGUGACCCUUAACAACAUACUGUACUCAAAUGCAACAUUGCUUUCUCCUUGGUACAAUAUUGCCUUCUUAUCCCAGACUGCUGCACUGACACUGGGGAUGCGUAUUGGUGCUAGGGCCCGAGGGGCGCAUUCACUCAGUUUCAUUUACUUGUGUUGAUAUUUGUUUACUUGUGUCUGGUGCUGUUAGCUUCAGUUAUGCAUUCUCUUAAACAUUGUUUACAUCUCUGACUUUUUUAAAUAAUGUUUUUAAAUAUGAAAAGUGAGACUUUAUAUCUGACAAAAAUGUAACCAUGAGGGCAUUUUGUUGUGUUUACCUAUUUUAAUGAUGCCAGAAAAGGAGCAAAAGCAAGAGUGGUCAUUGGAAUGCUCUCAUGUCAAUGUUUUUAUGUAAUACGUUGAUCCAAAUGCAAAAAUAAACACACUGGAGUCAUUGA